UGUUCAUUAUUUCUCUAUGUAAGAUUCAACUUUUCCAAAAAAUUACCAAAUUUGGAGUAAAUAUUGUAUGAAAAAAAUUGAACGAUUCGAUGGAGAGCACCGGUUUGAUGUCCGGUUCGAGCCACCUUCAACUUCCACCGGGGUUCCGGUUCCACCCGACCGACGAGGAGCUCGUGGUUCACUACCUCAAGAAAAAGGUAGCUUCCGCUCCUUUGCCGGUCAAAAUCAUAGCUGAAGUUGAUCUUUACAAAUUCGAUCCAUGGGAAUUACCGAGUAAGGCGAAUUUUGGGGAACAAGAAUGGUAUUUUUUCAGUCCGAGAGAUAGAAAGUAUCCGAACGGGACGAGGCCUAAUAGGGCGGCGACUUCAGGUUAUUGGAAGGCUACUGGAAUAGACAAGCCAAUAUAUACAUGCGGCGGUACUAAAAAGAUUGGUGUGAAAAAGACACUUGUUUUCUAUAGGGGAAAGCCUCCUAAAGGAAUCAAAUCAAAUUGGGUCAUGCAUGAAUAUCGCCUUGUUGAUAACAAUUCUUCUCUAACCAAGAAAUGCUCUUUAAGGCUUGAUGAUUGGGUAUUAUGUCGGAUUUACAAGAAAAACAGUUCAAGUACAAUAAUGGAAAUGGACAAGGAGGAUUCUAUUGAGGAAACAACAGGUUCAACUUCAAUAUUGCCAGCUUCAUCAAUGAAUUAUUUCGAGCAAAAUUCAAGUAUAGGAACUUUAAGAGUAGGUUCCAAUUUUGAUGAAUUUUUCGAAAAUGACAUAAAAAUGGCGAAAAAUGAAUAUGAAAAUGGUGAUGAUACGCCAUUAAUGGAGGGAAAUUCGAGUUCAUUUCUUACAAUGCUCAAUCAAAUUUCACCCAGAAGUUCACAGCUCAAUUCUUGGUUCUCUGGCUACCGAUAGAGUUAUUUCUUCGUUAAUCUGUCGCUAAAUCGCUCGUAGAUAAUAGAAUAUUUGAUAAUCUGCCACUAUUAUUAGCAACGAAUUUUAUUGUUUAGCUACAUAAUUUGUCUGUCGCUAAUUUCUAUUUAUUUAAUAGUGUUUUUACCAAUACAUUAAUUUUAUUGAGAAGUUUUUUUCAA